CUAAAAAUAGCCCCGGUGUGGGGAUCCGUGCGCGGAUGUCCCGGCGAGUCCCGGGCUGAAGGAGGCGGCUCCGGGCGGCGCUGAGCGCUGGUGGCUGGCCCGGGCUGCGGCGUGUGCGCGCUCGCCAGCUGCGCCGGACACACGGAACUGCGUUUUGUGAAAAAGGAACAAAGAAGAAUUUUCUGCAAGGGUCAUACUAAGUGCACUUUUUUGCUGAUAACGUCAUUUCUAAUCUUAUAGAAAAUUUCAGCUGUAGCCCUUGGACUAGAAGCUGAAAUAAUAGAAGCUGUGUACGAUGCAUUAGGGUAUUGAAGAAAAAUAAUUUUGAAUUAAAUAUUUGGAAUAUAAGGAAGGAAAGGUGACUGAAAAUGGGGCGGAAGAAAAUACAAAUCACACGCAUAAUGGAUGAAAGGAACCGACAGGUCACUUUUACAAAGAGAAAGUUUGGAUUAAUGAAGAAAGCCUAUGAACUUAGUGUGCUCUGUGACUGUGAAAUAGCACUCAUCAUUUUCAACAGCUCUAACAAACUGUUUCAGUAUGCCAGCACUGACAUGGACAAAGUUCUUCUCAAGUAUACAGAAUAUAAUGAACCUCAUGAAAGCAGAACCAACUCGGAUAUUGUUGAGACUUUAAGAAAGAAAGGCCUUAAUGGUUGUGAGAGCCCUGAUGCUGACGAUUACUUUGAGCACAGUCCACUCUCGGAGGACAGAUUCAGCAAACUAAAUGAAGAUAGUGAUUUUAUUUUCAAACGAGGCCCUGCUCUGAACAAGAAGGAACACAGAGGGUGCGACAGCCCAGACCCUGAUACUUCCUAUGUGCUAACUCCACAUACAGAAGAAAAAUAUAAAAAAAUUAAUGAGGAAUUUGAUAAUAUGAUGCGGAAUCAUAAAAUCGCACCUGGUUUGCCACCUCAAAACUUCUCAAUGUCUGUCACAGUCCCUGUGACCAGCCCUAAUGCUUUGUCCUACACUAAUCCAGGGAGUUCCCUUGUGUCCCCAUCUUUGGCAGCCAGCUCAACAUUGGCAGAUUCAAGCAUGCUGUCUCCACCUCAAGCCACAUUACAUAGAAAUGUAUCCCCUGGAGUCCCUCAGAGACCACCAAGUACUGGUAGUGCAGGUGGGAUGUUGAGCACUUCAGACCUCACAGUGCCAAAUGGAGCUGGAAGCAGCCCAGUGGGGAAUGGAUUUGUAAACUCAAGAGCUUCUCCAAAUUUGAUCGGAACUACUGGUGCAAAUAGUUUAGGCAAAGUUAUGCCUACAAAGUCUCCCCCUCCUCCAGGUGGUGGCAAUCUUGGAAUGAAUAGUCGAAAACCAGAUCUUCGAGUUGUCAUCCCUCCUACAAGCAAGGGCAUGAUGCCUCCACUGAAUACCCAGAGGAUAAGCAGUUCUCAAGCCACUCAGCCUCUAGCUACCCCAGUCGUGUCUGUGACCACCCCAAGCUUGCCUCCACAGGGACUCGUGUACUCAGCCAUGCCGACCGCCUACAACACUGAUUACUCGCUGACUAGUGCGGACCUGUCGGCCCUGCAGGGCUUCAACUCCCCGGGCAUGCUGUCUCUGGGACAGGUGUCAGCCUGGCAACAGCACCAUUUAGGACAAGCAGCCCUCAGCUCUCUGGUCGCUGGAGGGCAAUUAUCUCAGGGUUCGAAUUUAUCCAUUAAUACCAACCAAAACAUCAACAUUAAGUCAGAACCAAUUUCACCUCCCCGGGAUCGAAUGACCCCAUCAGGCUUUCAGCAGCAGCAGCCACAGCAGCAGCAGCCACCACCGCCCCAGCCCUCCCAGCCCCCCCAGCCCCGACAGGAAAUGGGGCGCUCCCCUGUGGACAGUCUGAGCAGCUCAAGCAGCUCCUAUGAUGGUAGUGACCGGGAGGAUCCACGGGGUGACUUCCAUUCUCCAAUUGUGCUUGGCCGACCCCCAAACACGGAGGACAGAGAAAGCCCUUCUGUAAAGCGAAUGAGGAUGGACGCGUGGGUGACCUAAGGCUUCCAGGCUGGUGUUCAUACUUCGUGUUACUGCAGUGAACUGCCCUACAUAUCUAAAUUGGUAAAUAAGGACAUGAGUUAAAUAUAUUUAUAUGUACAUACAUACAUAUAUAUCCCUUUAUAUAUAUAUAUAUGUAUGUGGGUGUGAGUGUGUGUAUGUGUGGGUGUGUGUUGCAUACAGAAUCAGGCACUUACCUGCCUUGUAGAUCUGCAGAUGUGCGUCCCAUGGCAAACAAAGCACCCCAUAGGCAGAGUCUAGUCUGGCACUUCCUUGGACUACUUGUUUCAUAAGAUAACCAGUUUUUGCAGAGAAACGUGUACCCAUAUAUAAUUCUCCCACACUAGCUUGCAGAAACCUAGAGGGCCCCUACUUGUUUUAUUUAACUGUGCAGUGACUGUAGUUACUUAAGAAAAAAUGCUUUGUAGAACAGAGCAGUAGAAAAGCAGGAAUCAAGAAAGCAAUACUGUACAUAAAAUGUCAUUUAUACUAAUUACCCAGCCUGGCAUGGGUCUCUGUUGCAGAGGGGUGCAUGGGAAGGGCUGUUGAUAUUUUAAAAAACAAAACAAAAAAGCCCCACACAUAAAUGUUUUGCACGUGCAAAAAUGUAUUGGGUCAAAGAAGUGAUCUUUAGCUAAUAAAAAAGAGAGAGAGUAGAAAACACGCAUGAGAUAUUCAGAAAAUACUAGCCUAGAAAUAUAGAGCAUUAACAAAAUAAAUUAAUAUAUUAAGUUAUAAUUGGACUAUGUCAGAAGUUUCUUUUUACAUUCAUAUCUUAAAGAAACUGAUUUUAGCUCAUGUAUAUUUUAUAUGAAAGAAAACACCCUUAUGAAUUGAUGACUAUAUAUAAAAUUAUAUUCACUACUUUUGAACACAUUCUGCUAUGAAUUAUUUAUAUAAGCCAAAGCUGUAUGUUGUAACUUUUUUUUUUAAGAGAAUAGCUUUAUCUUGUUUUAACUUUUUAGUUUUAUUUUAAGAGGGGAAAAAAAACAAACAAAAAUAUCUUGCAAGCAGAACCUUGGAAAAAAAAAGCCAUGAACACUUAUUAUUCUAUAUGUAAAUUAAAAGUUGAGCCAAACUCUUUUGUGUAUAUAGCAUCUUAAAUAUAUUAUCACCUUUGAUGUAAGUACCUAUGUAUUGUACGGUCACCAGAUUAAAAAGUAUAUUUUUGUGGAUUGCCGCCAAUUUGGGGGGAAAAGGCGAGAUCCUUAUUAAGUAGAGUAUUCACUGUUUAACAUUUACUAUUUUGUUAAAUAUACUGUACUUUGGAUUUUAAUUAUUAGCCCAGUCUUUUCAGAGGAUUGUAUAAAGGGGUUUCUCCCCUCACUGGUGGUGAAUGUGUGAUGUUACAUUGUAAUCUUUGUGCUGUAUGGGUUGAGCAUCAUUAUAUAUUUUAUAUGUGUACAUAAAUAGCAAAGUGGCAAAAAAAAACUGGUGUUAAGUUCAUCUUGCAUAAAUAUAAAAUGUGUUGUUACAGAUUUUAUAAGGCAUUACUUAAAACUUGCCUUUUGUGAGGAAAAAAUAUAGUAGAAAAAGCUGAACUAAUUUAAUAUUAGAGAACAUGGCAAAAUAGUAGAUGAGCACAAAGGUUUUAUAAGUGGUAAAUGAUUAGGGAAAAAUAUUUGUGGGGGAAGGGAUCUUUUUUCCCCGCUCCCCCCCCACCCCCCAAAUAGAAUGAUGCAGCUGGUUAUAAAAUACUACCAUUCUGAACUCUCUGCACAUCGAAGUGGCACUUUGGUGUGGGGAGAAAUUCUCUCACAGGCACAUCGCUGGCUGGCCCGGCUCCCCGGUUGCACUCAGCGGAGCCUUUGAAAAGCCUUCCUCCUCCGGGAAGACAACGAAGCGUCCGUUUCGUGGGCUUGUGCCACAAACAAAAUUCAAAGUCCUGUAUAUCUUUCAUCAUAGGUUUUUAAAUACUCCCUUUCCUGAGCAACUCAAAAUAAAGGUUUAAAAAUUGCUGCUAUUUUGUAUUUUCAACUUAAUGUCGAGCAGCUAUCUACAAUUUUUACUUAUGUUUUGCUUUUCCCCCUAAAUUGCCUUCUUCUGACAUUUUCCUCAUCUGCUAUUUGUGACAAAUCAUCAGCCAGAUUUCCUGACUGACACAUAGGUAUUAGGUACAGGAUAAACCUGUGGUAUUCAAAGCAACAAGACGGAAUUCGGUUUUAGUUAACAGUUUGGGUAGUAGAUUUCGACAGAGGCCCCAAACGGGAGGGUAGCCUGCCCUGUCCUCUUGUCAGUAUGGCCGUCGGGCUCUCCUUCUGAAAGGAUCAGUUGCUCCUUAAAAUGUCCUUACUUUCCUGAACUGCAUACAGGCACGUUUCUUCAUAAGGUCACACCUGAUUGAAACAAGACAGUCUCCCAACACUGAACUUCCAAGAUAAUCCUUACCACUUUGUAAACCAUUUAUAGCUUUGAAAGUGUUAAGUGAUUCUUUUGUUCCUCUUCAUGCACGUUCAUGAACUUCUGCUGUACCUUGGAAUAGGAGUUACCACAUUCGCAUUUACUGUCUAUUUUCUUGUGUGCCUUAUGAGAUGGCUUUUCUGACUGUAUCUCAAUCGUCUUUCUUUCUAUGCAGGUUUAUAAUCAGUACAACUACUGUUUUCUAAAAUACUAUUCCACAAGGCUCGGAGUUUGUAUUUCAAUUACACUGACCAAGUAACAAUGUAUUCCGUUUUCAGGAAGUGAAUAUUUGACUGUUAACCCUUCCCUGUCUGCCCAGUGUGACCUGGAGCGCACGGACUGACAGACACCCCUCCCCCAGACUCCAUGUACAAACACAUCCACACGCACAUCUCCGGGUGGAAAGCAGCUCAGAGCGGGGAAGACACGGAUGGUGUUCCUUUAGAACUGACUUUUCAUACCGUUUUAGACUUGUGUGUUUUGUAUGACACCAUCACAAGAAAAUUUUAUCCUUCAGAUGAAGUAUUUUAUUACUAAAAGACAAAAACAAAAAAAGCUUAGAGGACACCGCACUGGUUCGAGUACAGUUUCCAACAGCUGUCCUUUCCGCGGGGCGCUGAACCGGUCCUACAUUGAGAGUGAAAGUCACCACUGUACGUCUGCAGGUGGUCCCGAUCAAAACUCCAUCCUUUGAGCCCUAAUUAUGUCCAUUGUGUUCGAGACUAAAUCAGGGGUUUGUUCUAAAAGAACAAUACAUGUUUUACCAUUUCCUUUAACGCUAAGGACAACUAAUAAAGCAUUAACACAUUUUCUGUAUUAACCAUCAUGCGCACAAGAAAUACAUAGUAAAUAAGGAACCAGAAAACUCCUGGCAUUGGAUCAUAAGAAGCUAGAUGAUUAGAAUGUGAAAAAGAUUUUACAAAUGUAAAACUUUUAUUUCUCUGUAGAAACUUUCUUCACUUUGCUGUGCAAGAAGACACUGCUUUGCUAUAUUUAAAAUGGCUUUUUUAAAAAAGAGAUUUAUGUAUUUGGUAAAUGUUUGUAGUCAACAGUUCACACAAGAAGCUGUACACGGUUUGAUCAUGUAAACCGUUUGGCGGCACAAGCUGGACUUUGUUGCCAUCCUUGAGAUGAACCUUUUAAGAAAAAUAAGUUAAUCUCAAUUUUUCCCUGAAUGUGUUGUUUUUUCUUCAUUAUACAAUAAAUAUUAUAGUGAACUUUUUAUCAAAUGGUUAAGAAAAUGCUAGAGGUUGUUGUAAACUAUUUGUAUCCUGCACUCACUACAGUAAAGACGGACUGGCUUUUCCUGUGUA